AUGGAACGAAUCCUCCUGGGGGCUAUCAGAAGUCAAAUAGAACACAUGAUUGGGAAAAGCCAGCACGGAUUCACCAAGGGCAAAUCGUGCUUGACAAACCUGAUCUCCUUCUACGACAAAGUAACCUGCUCGGCUGAUGCGGGGCGAGCGGUGGACAUCGUCUACCUGGAUUUCUCCAAGACUUUCGAUACUGUUUCCUACAGCCUCCUCCUAGAGAAACUGAUGCGUUACGGUCUAGACAAGUGGUCCGUGCGGUGGGUGGGGAACUGGCUGACCGGCCGUACCCAGAAGGUGGAGGGAUCGAUAUUGGGCCCAACGCUGUUUAAUAUCUUCAUAAGUGAUCUGGAUGGUGGGGUCAAGUGUACCCUGAUGAAGUUUGCUGUUGACACCAAACUGAGUGGGGAAGUGGACACUUCAGAAGGGAGAGACACCCUGCAGGAAGACCUGGAUAGGCUGGAAGAGCGGGCUAACGAGAACCUUAUGAAGUUCAACAAGGACAAGUGUUUAAAUAACGGUCAACAAUCAAUAAUGAUUUAUAUGAACAUCACUAUGACUUUCUCUUGUGUUCAGGAGGAGGAAGACAGACCUGUGGAUGGAGGGACAAAAAGCAAACUAGAAAAAGAUGCUGGGAGGAAACAGGAAAUACGGGGCUUGAAUCCACCCCACAGGGUGAAGUCAAUUUCAAUGACUACUUUCACACAACAGGAAAUAGAAUUUCUGCAGAAACAUGGAAAUGAAGUGUGCAAACAGAUUUGGCUAGGCCUAUUUGAUGAUAGAUCAUCAGCAAUUCCAGACUUCAGGGAUCCACAGAAAGUAAAGGAAUUUCUACAGGAAAAAUACGAAAAGAAAAGAUGGUAUGUUCCUCCAGAGCAAGCAAAGGUGGUGGCAUCAGUCCAUGCAUCCAUAUCGGGGUCUUCUGCUAGUAGUACAAGCAGCACACCUGAGGUGAAGCCACUCAAAUCUCUCUUGGGAGAAGCUGCACCCACACUGCACUUAAACAAGGGCACACCUAGCCAAUCUCCUGUUGUAGUUCGAUCUCAAGGACAGCAGCAACAAGAAAAGAAACAAUUUGACCUCCUCAGUGACCUUGGCUCAGAUAUCUUUGCUGCUGCUCCUCCUCAGUCAACUGCUACAGCAAAUUUUGCUAAUUUUGCACACUUCAACAGUCAUACAGCGCAGAACUCUGCAAAUGCAGGUUUUGCAAACUUUGAUGCAUUUGGACAGUCUAGUGGCUCGAGUAAUUUUGGAGGUUUCCCCACAGCAAGUCAGCCUUCUUUUCAGCCCCAAAAUACAGCGUUCAGAACGCUUUCAUCUAGCUGCAGUUUUGGUGAAUUUACUUCAGCUUUUCCUCUCCAGGCUGUGCACAGUGGAAGCGCUGGAUCAGUGAAUGCUAACUUUGCUCACUUUGAUAACUUCCCCAAAUCCUCCAGUGCUGACUUUGGAGCCUUCAAUGCUUCUCAGAGCAGCACAACAGCAACUGCAGCCAGUAAAGCUGCAGUGAAUAAAUCGAAUCUCCAGUCAGCUGACAAAUACGCAGCUCUUGCUAAUUUAGAUAAUAUCUUCAGCGCAGGGCAAGGUGGUACUGAGCAAGGAAGUGGCUUCAGUACAGUAGUGUCGGCAUCAGCAGGUCCUGCAUUGUCAGCCCCAAAUCAGUCAAGUGCGUCUUCAGACAAGUAUGCGGCUCUAGCAGAAUUAGACAGCGUGUUCAGCUCCACAGCAACCUCUAGUAACGCAUAUACUUCCACCAGUAACGUUAGCAGCAAUGCUUUUGGAACAGUACCUGUGGCUGCUACUGCACAGACACAGCCUGCAUCUUCGAGUGUGCCUGCUCCAUUUGGAGCAACACCUUCCACAAAUCCAUUUGUAGCUGCCCCUGUUGCCCCAGUGGCACCUUCAACAAAUCCAUUCCAGACCAAUAGCCGAGGAGCAACAGGCCUCUCGGGAGCAAUGCACUCUCACAUAUUUCCUCAGGCUCAUUUUGCAGCAACAUUUGGUACUGCAUCCAUGAGCAUGCCUGCAGGAUUUGGAACUCCUGCCUCCUACAGUCUUCCUACUAGUUUUAGUGGCAACUUCCAGCAGCCCACGUUCCCAACCCAGGCAGCUUUCCCUCAACAGACUGCUUUUGCUCAGCAGCCAAAUGGAGCAGGUUUUGCUGCAUUUGGACAGGCAAAGCCUGUAGUAACUCCUUUUGGACAAGUUGCAGCUGUUGGAGUAUCUAGUAAUCCUUUUAUGGCUGGUGCACCAACAGGACAAUUUCCAACAGGAAGCUCAUCAACCAAUCCUUUCUUAUAGCCUUAUAGACACUUUACCCAAAAGAACUCUUAUGUGGUCACAUAACAUCUCUGCGCCUCUUGCACUGUUGUCUUGUUUCACUGAUAUUAGCUUUAAACACAAAAGAAGUCUUUAAGAAGUAAAAAUAAAAGCCUGCAUUGUGUACCUUUAAAAAAAUUAAAAACAAACAAAAAAAAAUUACACAAACCCCAAGAAAAUCAACCCCCCCCACCAGGUAAUAACGUGCAAAACAGAGGGCUGUGGUAACAUCCUUGAACCUGUGAACUGGCAGGUAAAAAGUAGCGGUAUCAUGUAUAUUAAAAUUGGCUAAUAAGUUAUUGCAGAUACCACAUUCAUUAUGCUGCAGUACUGUACAUAUUUUUCUUAGAAAAUAGCUAUUUGUGCAUAUCAGUAUUUGUAACUUUAACACAUUGUUAUGUGAAAAAUGUUACUGGGAAAUAGAUCAGCCACUUUAAGGUGCUGUUGUAUCUCUUGGAAUGAAUGAGCUACAUCAUUUUAACCAUUGGUAUUGGAAGUCAUGAAGUUAAAUUGAAGGUUUGUUCAUUUCUCAAAAUGUUUUCCUUUCCUAAGAGCUCUUCUAUUUAUACAUGCCUAAAUCUCUAAUGUUAGAGGGAUACCUGUCUGCGUAAUAAAGCUGAUCAUGUUUUGCUACAGUUUGCAGGUGAAAAAAAUAAAUAUUAGAAAAAACAA